AUGGCCGAGCCACCAACUAAAGUUAAGAUAUUGGAAACUCCGGAAGAUAUCCGCGAACGCAGAGAGCAAGUUCUCUCUCGUUACUCUGCAUUCAAAGAAGCGACACAAUAUCGUCGCCACAGGUUGGAAGAAGCGAAAAGAUAUCAAUAUUUUAAGAGGGAUGCCGAUGAACUUGAGUGUUGGAUCAAUGAAAAACUGCAGACAUAUGCAAAUGAGGAUUUUAAAGAACUCAGUAAUCUUCAGGAGAAGAAACAGAAACAUCAAGCGUUUGAGCUCGAAGUAACAGCUCAUGCUGAAACACUGUCAGCUCUAGAUUCUGCGGGAGAAGAAAUGAUUGGCCAGGGGCACUACGCAACAGAGAUUAUCAAAAACCGUCUUGAUGAAUUGCAUGCUCUGUGGGAAAGGCUUAUGGCUAUGUUUAGAGAAAAAUCACGUCUUAUUAACCUAACCCUUAAAUUUGUUCAGUUUCUACGCCAAGUUGAUGAGAUACUUUUCUGGAUACGUGAAAAAGAAACUUACGUAACAUCAGAGGAUUUCGGUCAAGACUUGGAACAUGUUGAGACACUUCAAAAAAAGUUUGAUGAGUUUACAAAGGAUCUUGAGUACCAAGAGAGUCGUGCCGAAGACAUCUAUCGGAAGGCAGAUGAACUUCUAAAAGAGGAAUUUCCUGAGGAUGCCCUAGUCAUAGAAAAGUCCAGAGAGGUCCGCGAAGCUCUCGAGCGUCUGAAAGAUCUGGCUAAGAAACGACAAGAAAAGCUUCUGGAAGCCUAUGAGAUACAGCGCUUCUUCAGAGACACAGAUAAAGCUAUAUCGUGGGUGAAUGAAAAGUCCAUUCCUUUAUCCAUUGAAGACUGUGGUCGUGAUCUUGCCUCAGUCCAAGCCUUACAAAGGAAGCACGAAGCAUUAGAAAGGGAUUUGACUGCCCUAGAUGAAAAGAUAGUUCAGCUUGGAGAUGAUGCUAAGGCGCUUGCACAGAAGCAUCCUGAUUCGCAGGACACUAUACAAGGCAAAUAUGACGCCUUAAUUACUGCAUGGGAGAAGCUGAAAAGUCAGGCUGUAGAUAGGAGAGGUAAACUGGAAGAGUCAUUCAAGAUGCAUCGCUUUUUGGCUGACUGGAGAGACUUAAGUAUCUGGAUGAAUGACAUGAAAGCGUUAAUAUCGGCGGAUGAUUUGGCAAAGGAUGUAGCUGGUGCGGAAGCCCAAGUGGAGCGACAUAAGGAAUACACCGCUGAGAUAAACUCCCGAGCUGACAGUUUCGAUACAUGCAUGCAAGAAGGUCAGGCAUUAAUAAGUGUUGGCCAUCCCUGUAGUGGAGACAUAGCUGCUAAACUUUCCGCCCUUGAAAGAGACAGAGCCUCUCUGAUGCAGUUGUGUGAGGAGAGACGUGAACAGCUAGAACAGUGUAUGGGCCUCCAGUAUUUUUACCGCGACGCUGAACAGUCGGAAUCUUGGAUUGGAAAGCAAGAGGCCCUCUUAGAAAUAAAAGAUGUGGGAGACUCGCUCGAUUCUGUGGAAGCACUCAUCAGGAAACAUGAAGACUUCGAAAAGUCACUUUUAGCACAAGAAGAAAAAAUGCGACAACUUGAUGAAUUCGCUGCAAAAUUAAUCGAAUCAAAUCACUAUGCAGCUGCACAGGUUCAUGAGAUCCAGGAAGGUCUUCAAAAUAGACGAAAUGCAUUAAAGGAGAAAGCUCAAAACCGCCGUCAGCGUCUUGAAGAUUCCCAUCGUUAUCAAAUGUUCGAUAGAGAUGCAGAUGAAAUGCAGUCAUGGAUAUCAGAGAAACUUAAAAAUGCACUUGAUGAAAGUUACAAAGACUCCACGAAUUUGCAAACAAAGGUGCAGAAGCAUCAGAAUUUCGAGGCAGAAAUACAAGCCAACCAAUCCCGCGUUGAAGAUAUUAAAAAGACAGGUCAGGAUUUGUUAAAUGCGAACCACUACAACUCACCAGAAAUAAAAGUAAAGAUUGAACAACUGGACGAAACAUGGUCUCAUCUCGUAAAUGCCAUGGGAAACAAAAAGAAAAAUUUAGAUCAAGCAAGCAGGCAACAACAGUUCGUUCGCAAUGUAGAGGAUGUCGAGUUAUGGUUGAGUGAUGUUGAAGCUCAGAUAGCCUCAGAGGAUGUCGGUCGUGAUCUAAACGGUGUGAUGAACGCACAAAAGCGGCACAAUUUGCUUGAAUCUGAUGUAGCUGCUCAUCGUGAACGUAUAGAUGCAUUCAAAGUUCAGGCUGACACAUUUGCUGCAGAAGGUCAUUUCGAUGCUCCUAUUAUCCAAGAAAAACAAAGACAGUUAGCCCAACGUUACCAUGACCUGCAAAUCCCUCUAAGUCAACGUCGUGAAAAGUUAAGAGAUGCCUACAAAUUGCACCAAUUCUUUAGGGACGUAGAAGAUGAAGAAGACUGGAUCCGGGAAAAAGAAUCAGUCGCAGGUUCGACUAAUGUGGGUCGAGAUUUGAUUGGUGUUCAGAACUUGAUCAAGAAGCAUCAAGCUAUAUAUGCGGAAAUAAACGGUCAUUCACCACGCAUUGAAGAGGUCGUCCAGGAAGGUCAAGACAUGAUUCGCGCCAACCACUAUGCCUCCGGCGACAUUGAAAGACGUGUAGCUGACCUUACCUCAGAAUGGUCUCAGCUUUGUGAAAAAGCAGAUCAUCGACGACGGUUGUUGGAAGAUUCGUUACAGGCCCAACAGUAUUUUGCAGAUGCUAGUGAAGCAGAGAGUUGGAUGCGGGAAAAAGAGCCAUUAGUUGGUUCAUCAGAAUUUGGUCGGGAUGAAGAUUCCACGGAAGCGCUCCUAAAGAAACAUAAUGCCUUGCUUGCAGACAUUGAGGCCUACGGUUCGACGAUUGAAGCUCUUGGUGUCCAAGCCAGUAGCUGUCGCAUGCAAGAAGCUCCAGCAAGUGAUCUGCUCGGCAAAGAUGUUGUUAUGGCCCUCUAUGACUAUCAGGAGAAAUCUCCUAGAGAAGUCUCUAUGCGCAAAGGAGAAAUAUUGACUCUUCUGGCCAGCAAUCAUAAGGAUUGGUGGAAAGUAGAAGUAAAUGAUCGCCAAGGGUUCGUUCCUGCUGCGUACGUCAAAAAAGUUGAAGCUCCACUAUCUGAUGCUCAAUCUGGUUUGAUGACUAAACCGCUUACUGUAGCUUCACAACAGCAACGUCUCGAAGAACAGUAUAAUUAUUUACUUCAGUUAGGUCGUGAUCGCCGAGAAAGACUCCAAGACUCAGUGGAAGCUUAUCAGUUGGUCAGAGAAGCAAAUGAUUUGCACCAAUGGGUUGUUGAGAAAGAACUAGUCGCUGUGACAGAGACUAUCGUCCCCGGGCGAUUAGAAGAAGUAGAGUCAGAGAAGAAAAAAGUAGAUGAGUUUGUCAUGGAACAGAAAGAACGAGAAGCCAAAGUUACUGAACUUUGUGCUAAAGCCGAUAAACUAAAGCGAGGUGGUCAAACUGAAGCGGUAGAGAAGAUCGAAGGUAUUAUUAUGCAACUUCAAAAGAAAUAUGAACAGUUAGAAGAAGUCACUGCUAAAAAAGCUAAGGAACUAGAAGAUAUUGAUGCUGUUCAACGGUAUCAUAGAGAAUGUGAAGAAGCCAAAGAGUGGAUUGAAGAAAAAGAAAGUAGGCUGCUGACAGAUGAUGUAGGCAGUGACUUCACAUCUGUUCAACGUUUAAUACGUAAACAUGAUGCAUUAGAAAGAGAUUUAGUAGCAUUAGGCGAAAGAGUUAAACAGUUGGAUUCAAAAGCUGCUGACCUAGUGCAAAUUCAUCCUCAGGAUGCGGAAGGGAUAUGUAAACAUCAAGAAGAAAUCAACCAUUUGUGGGAUGGUUUGGCUGCAACUGCUGAAAAAAGAAAAGCCAAACUUUUGGAUUCUUUAGAUCUUCAAAAGUUCUUAGCUGACGCAAGGGAUCUUCAGUCGUGGAUUACAACGAUGUAUGGUUUAGUCUCAUCAAAGCAAGUGGGGACGUACGUUACAAGUGCAGAGUCCUUGCUGGAUACUCACCGAGAAUAUCGUACUGAAAUCGAUACUCGAGCUCCGGCAUUCCAAAACUUCGAGUCUUUUGGUAAAGAAUUAUUGGACAAUGGGCAUUAUGCUUCGGAUGUUGUACAACAAAAGCUUCAGGAAAUUGCAGAGGCAAGAGAAAAUUUGAAUGUCGCUUGGUUAAACCGACACAAGCUACUUGAGCAGAAUUUGGAAGAACAGUUAUUCUUCCGCGAUUGUGAACAAGCUGAAGAUUGGAUGGCGAUUCGUGAAGCAUCUUUAGCUGGUGAUGAUGUUGAUGGCAAUAAGGUUGAUGCACUCAUAAAGAAACAUGAAGACUUUAAUCGUGCUAUCACUCUACAGGAAGUUAAGAUUCAGAACUUAAUAGCCAACGCUGAUAAACUUCUUGAAGCAGAUCAUUAUGAUGCAGAUCAAAUCAAGGCUAAACGUGAGGAAGUUUUAAAUCGUUGGACUCAUUUAAAGGAUGCUAUGAUUGACAAUCGAAGCAAAUUAGGCGAUGCUCAAACACUUCAAGCUUUCAUUCGAGAUGCAGACGAAAUGGAAUUAUGGAUAAAUGAAAAAAUGCAAUUUACAAUGGAUGAACCAUACAAAGAUCCAACUACAAAUAUUCAGGCUAAACAUCAAAAACACCAAGCUUUUGAAGCAGAAUUGGCAGCAAACGCAGAACGUUUACAGGGGAUUUUGGCAGCUGGACAGCGCUUAAAGCAGAAAAAUCAAUGCAAGGGGCAGGAAAGUGCUGUCGAAGAACGUAUCGCCAAACUGGCUAACCAAUGGGAUAAUCUUGUUAACCGUUCUCAUGAAAAAUCUGAAAAGUUACAAGAAGCUAAUCGUCAAGCUGCAUAUAAUGCUGGCAUAAAAGACAUUGAAUUCUGGUUAGGUGAAAUGGAAACUUCACUAGUUAGUCCAGAUUAUGGUAGAGAUUCGGCAUCAGUUGAUAGUCUUUUAUCAAAACAUCAGGUACUAAUUACAGAUAUUCAAGCGCAUGAAGAUCGUAUCAAGGAACUAGAUGCCCGUGCAGAUGAGUUCAUCAAAUCUGGUGCUUGGGAUGCUGAUAUGGUUCGUGAACGGAAGAAAAUGAUCAAUGAACGAUAUGAAAAGAUUCGUGCUCUGUCAGAGAAUCGUGCUGUAACUCUUGGUAAAGCGAAACGUCUGCAUGAUUUCUAUCGUAAUAUUGAUGAUGAAGAAGCUUGGAUUCGUGAGAAGAAAAUAUUGGUUAGUUCUGAAGAUUAUGGACGUGAUCUUAUCGGUGUACGUAAUCUACGCAAAAAGCAUGAACGUAUCGAAAAUGAAGUGGCUGCACAUGAUCCAUUCAUUAAACAAGUUAUCGCACAAGGAGAAGAACUUACUGUUGGUGUUCAACUCGCUGAUCCUGAAGAAGUUAGAAAACGAAUGCAGCGUCUUCAAUCUGCAUGGGAAGAGUUACAAGGUCUUAGUGCACUUCGUCGACAAAAAUUAGAAGAAUCUUUAGCAUAUCAAGAUUUUAUUGACGGUGUCGAGGAAGAAGAAGCAUGGAUCCUUGAGAAACAACAUUUACUUAGCAGUGAAGAUUACGGUGACACUCUUGCAGCUGUUCAAGGUCUUUUGAAGAAGCACGAUGCUUUCGAAACAGAUCUUAAUGUGCAUAAUGAAAAGUGCAAAGAAUUGUGUGCAACUGGAUCUGAACUUGUCCAAUCUGAUAAUCAUAAUCGUUUAGCAAUCCAACAACGAUGCGAAGGAUUGAUAGAAAAAUUAAAUAUGCUCAAUCAGGCUGCUCAACGUCGCAAAACAAAUCUCACUGAUAAUUCAGCAUUUUUACAGUUUAUGUGGAGAACAGAUGUUGUUGAGUCGUGGAUCGCUGACCGUGAAACACAAGUGCGUAGCGAUGACUACGGUCGAGAUUUAAGCAGCGUUCAAAUCUUAUUGGCAAAACAUGCGACUUUUGACACCGCAUUGGAAUCUUUUCAUACUGAAGGAAUUCAGACAAUCACUGAUCUCUAUAAUCGUCUUAUUGCAGCGGAACACAAUCAAAGUCCAGCAAUUAAACAACGUUUCACUUCAUUGAUGGAUCGUUGGGAACGUCUACGACGUGAGUCUGCUCGUCGCAAAGCCGAUCUUGUACAACUUCAAGAACAAUAUCGCAAAGUUGAAGAACUCUAUCUAGCUUUUGCCAAACGUGCAUCAACCUUUAAUUCUUGGUUUGAAAAUGCUGAAGAGGAUUUAACUGAUCCUGUGCGUUGUAAUUCAUUAGACGAAGUUCAUGCUCUGUGUGAAGCUCAAGAACAAUUCAAGGCAUCUUUAAAAGCUGCUGAAGCUGAUUUUCAACAGUUGGCCCAACUGGAUCGUGAAAUCAAGAGUUAUGGUGUUGGCAUGAAUCCAUACACAUGGUUUACAAUGGAGUCACUUGUGGAGACGUGGCGUAAUUUACAGAAAAUUAUUCUGGAGAGAGAUGCUGAACUUCGACGUGAAACUGUUCGUCAAGAACAGAACGAUCAACUACGACAACAGUUUGCAGUGGCUGCAAACUCUUUCCAUCAAUGGCUUCAGAAAGUGCGUACUUCGAUGAUGGAAGGCAGUGGGAGCCUUGAAGAACAACUUGAAGGUAUUCGUGAGAAAUCGGCUGAGGUUAGAGCUCGAAAGAAUGAUCUGCGAGAGGUUGAAAAACUUGGAACUUUGCUUGAAGAGCAUCUCAUUCUGGAUAAUCGGUAUACUGAACACAGCACUGUUGGUUUAAGUCAAGCAUGGGAUCAGUUGGAUCAGCUUGCCAUGCGUAUGCAACAUAACUUAGAACAACAAAUUCAAGCUAGAAAUGUUAGCGGUGUCAGUGAAGAAGCCCUUCGUGAAUUCUCUAUGAUGUUUAAACACUUUGACAAGGAUAAGUCUGGGCGUUUAGAUCACCGUGAAUUUAAAUCAUGUCUACGUGCUCUUGGUCAUGAUUUACACGAGGUUGGAGAAGGUCAAGUGGAUGCUGAAUUCGAGGCUAUAUUAAAUGUUGUUGAUCCUAAUCGUGAUGGUUAUAUAACCCUUCAAGAAUUUAUGGCAUUUAUGAUUAGCAAAGAAACUGAGAAUGUUCAAUCCCGUGAUGAAGUUGAAGAAGCCUUCCGCGCUUUAACAAAGGAAGGCAAAGAGUAUAUUACGAAAGAAGAACUAUAUGCGAAUUUAUCCAAAGAACAAGCGGAGUAUUGUAGUCGAGUUAUGCCUCCAUAUUACACUAAAAGUGGUCAGCCAAUUUUGGAUGCAUACGACUAUCAAGCCUUCACAAAACAACUAUUUGUCAGUUAG